UCCCUCUGAGGUCGCAGUCUUUGUCCGUGUGUGUAUCUGUAGGGCUCUUGUAGUGUGUGAGGACUGUCUCAAAUGUGUGUACGCCCCCCGUGGCCGUCCUGAGAGCAAACGGAGGCUGUCGUUUUCCCCCCAGAGACCCCAAUGCAGAUGGUGUGAGCAGUGAGGGGAAAAGUUUAUGACAGCUCUACUGCUGUCGGUUCACUGCUGCCCCAUGGAGCUUUUCGAUUUUACGGUUGCAGCUAUAGACUUUUUCCCGGGCUGUUUGACUCAGUAAUGCACUUGUAUUGGACAGAGUCACGCUCGGGAUUGAUUCUUGGAUCACAGUGAAUGCUGUACCGGUCUGAGUCACGCUCUGGAUGUGUUUUGGGUUUUAUUGGAUUUUUUUUUCUGUGGAUGUUCUCUGGAUAGCAGUUUUUAAGGAAGUUCUGUUGGUUUGGUCAUGGACGAGCAGGCCGGUAGCGCAGGCAGCAGCCCUCAUCACGGCCGUGGAUCGGCCAGGCGGGACGUUCUCCGCUGCGGUUGGCUCCGGAAGCAAGGAGGCUUCGUGAAGACCUGGCACACGCGUUGGUUCGUCCUGCGAGGAGACCAGCUGUACUACUACAAAGAUGAGGACGAGACCAAAGCGUUGGGCACCAUUUUCCUACCUGGCAACAGAGUCACCGAACAUCCCAGCAAUGGGGAGGAAGGCGGAAAGUUCCUAUUUGAAGUCAUCCCAGGGGGCGACAGGGAGCGAAUGACAUCCAACCAUGAGACAUAUCUACUUAUGGCCAGCACACAGAAUGACAUGGAGGACUGGGUAAAGAGCAUCCGCAGGGUGAUAUGGGCUCCAUUUGGAGGAGGAAUUUUUGGUCAGAAGUUGGAAGAGACGGUUCGAUAUGAACGUCGUUAUGGCAACAGGAUGGCGCCCAUGCUGGUGGAGCAGUGCGUGGACUUCAUCCGCCACAGGGGUUUACGAGAAGAAGGGCUCUUCCGUUUGCCUGGACAAGCCAACCUCGUCAAAGAGCUUCAGGAUGCUUUCGACUGUGGAGAGAAGCCGUCUUUUGACUGUAACACAGACGUUCACACCGUGGCAUCAUUGUUGAAGCUGUAUUUAAGAGAGCUGCCUGAGCCAGUCAUCCCGUUCUGUAAAUACGAAGAGUUUCUGGCCUGCACCAAACUCCUCAGCAAAGACCAGGAUGCAGGAAUGAAGGAAUUAAGAAAGCAAGUAGAAGGUCUACCUACAGUAAACUACAAUCUGCUUAAAUACAUAUGCAAGUUUUUGGAUGAAGUUCAGUCCUACUCAGGUGUGAAUAAAAUGAGUGUACAGAAUCUGGCUACAGUCUUUGGGCCAAAUAUUCUGAGGCCAAAGGUUGAGGACCCAGUGACUAUAAUGGAAGGCACAGCACUGGUUCAGCAGCUGAUGGCUGCUCUGAUCGGUCAGCACGAUGUUCUUUUCCCACCCGAUGAGGACCACAGUAGCACCCUGGAACUGGUUAAUAAUAACAACAAUGAGACUCAGAAACGACCUACGAAUGGUCAGCUACAAAACAAAGAGAACAAUAACACCAGUGGGGUGCGACAGUGCACUUGGGACGCACCAGAAUCACCCAGCCGGGUUCCUCUGGACAACGGCUCUCCCCGUUCGGGCAGCCCACGUAAUGGUUUUACAGGACAGCGUUUCGAGGUGGCCCGCAGUCCGCCACUAGCAGUGAAAAAGAACCCAGCGUUUUGCAAAGGGAGCGGGAUUGUCACCAACGGAUCAUUCAGCUCGUCAUCGUCAUCCUCAGGUGACGCCAAUCAGGAGAAAAGUCAGGCUCUAUCAAACAUGGGAACCCUUCAUGCCCGUCGGACGGGUGCGAUAAAAGGCUCGGGCACCAAAAUGGGUGUCCAGAAUAGCAUCGUCCGAAUGGGCGUAUCCAGCACAGACGUGACGAAUGGGACUCUAAAUGGACGGAAUGGACUCUGGGUUCCCAACGGUCACGCCACGAUGCGCGAGGCUAAAAGUCGAGAUGCAGAGCACCAGCAGAACCGCCUGUCCACGUACGACAACGUCCACAUCCAUCAACAGCAGAUGACACAGCCCUGUCUGAGCAGCAGCUGUGAGGACAAACAGAGCUUGGAUAGCGCCACAUGGUCCACCUCGUCUUGCGAGAUCUCCCUUCCCGGAAACUCGACUUCUUGCCGCUCCUCCACAACCACGUGCCCAGAGCAGGACUUCUUUGGCAACAACUUUGAGGAUCCUUUGUUGGACGGGCCAGUACAGGAGGACAGCGGACCGGCGGUUGACGAUAGGGAGCAGCGGACCAGUAACAGUGGAGGCCGGGGAAGCAGAGGAACCAGCAGCAGCGAUAACAGCGAAACCUUUGCCAUUACAAAUGGGCCGACCAAUCACAGUGCACUGCAUAGCCUGGUGGCCAGUCUCAAACAGGAAAUGCUCAAGCAGAAGAGUGAAUACGAGGCAAGGAUUAAGAGUCUGGAACUUCGGAAUCUAGAGUUGGAGACGGUGAUGGCGAAUCUACACGAAGAGCUUGACCAGGAGAAGAAGAAAUACACCAUGGUGGAGAUCAAGCUGAGAAACGCAGAGCGAGCCAAGGACGACGCGGAAAAGAGAAACGAGAUGUUGCAGAAAGAGAUGGAGCAGUUCUUUUCCACCUUCGGAGACCUGACCGCAGACCCGCGACGGCCCGACAGAGCCAACACCAUCUGGAUCCAGUGAGCCGUUAACAUUUCACAGCAUCUUUGCACGUUCGGUGCAAAAGUUCGACACGGCUGAGUGAAGCCCAUUGAGCCAAAAUUUUCAGAACUGAAGGUGGACCAGUUUUUGGAUUGAACCAAUUGGAUCAUGAAAAGGGAUGAUGGGACGAUAAGGUGAGAUGUUUGUCAAAACGAAAAGAAGGUGACUCAGAGUAUUGACCAGAGAGUGAACGGUAAGAGGAACUCGAAGAGAUUUUAAUGAAUGAAUUACAUGAAUGAACAUUGAGUUUUAGAUGAUGGAAAACUCCUGAAGGAAGACAGAGGCACGAAUGUCACUCGUAUUUCUUCUUGUGAUCCAACCAAAUGUGUCCUUGAGCUGUCAUGUGUCCUCUUGUGUACAUAAACAAUGUUCAAAAUUCCACGAUGGUAAACAAAUGUCUGUAUAAAUGCAAAUUAAUGUUUAUUGUAUGUACUGAUAUUUAAACAGAGAAUUGUCAAUGUGUUACGUAUACAUUUUAUAUCAAGGCUUUUCCUUGCACUUAAAGCAUACGAGUUGCUAUGUUGUUUUUCAGUGUGGUACGAUGUGAGAUGUGGCAAAUUUUUCAACAUCAGUCUUGCCUGUUGCUUUUUUGCUUAAUUUAUCACCGCAUAUAAAACAUUUUCUUCAUCAGUAUUAAAAAGAAUAUAUGUUUUUUAGGCAUAAAUCUAACAGUUAAGGGCAGGUUUUGCUUAAAAUAAAUAUAUAUAUAUAUAUAUAUAUAUAUAUAUAUAUAUAUAUAUAUAUAUAUAUAUAUAUAUAUAUACACAUACAUAUUAUGAUAAGGUGUUUUUAUUCAAAAUAUUGAUGAAGAACCUGAUUUUUUGCAGUGUCACAGUGUUCUCCACAUGACCAAAACCAAGUAGAUGAGGAGAGCUGUAAAUACUUGUGAAAACAGUGCAAGUGCUCAGCCUGUCUUUAUCGUUGGUGCAUGUCACACAUCAUUUGCUUUCAGCGGUGCUAGACGGGAGGAAGUCUGUUAAAAUGAAGUCUGAGAUGGGGUUUGUUCAUCUCCCGGACCAUGUGGGGUCAUUUGCCUUGUCGCAGCUGUUCAUGCUUCUACUGUAGCUCGAUGCAUUUAUUGAAAUGCAAUGAAAUUAAAUUAUGUGACCUCA